AUGAUCACCAACCUGUUAUUCCUGUCCUUCGCCCUCCUCACCACGGCCAGCACAACCGAAACCUUUAAAUCACGUACUCUGCAUCCAGAACUCAACGCCGCGCUACGCACCGCCGCCACAGCCUUUGACCGCGCGGCGCUGCUCCCCCGCGCCGCAGACUGGACCUACGACUUCACACAGCACCCCAACUACAACUCGGCGACGGGCGCCGUCAUUACCGCCGACGCCGCCACGUUCCCCGCCGUCACGGGCCUCGGGUCCAGCGUGGCGCUGCUCAAGCUCGCGCCCUGCGGCAUGUUGCCCCCACACCUGCAUCCGCGCGCCACCAACAUGGUCACGGCGAUUACGGGAAACACCACCACGUACAUGAUUGGCGAGAAUGGCGUUGGCGUGAGAAUCGUCACUUUGCUGCCGUUGAUGGUGACGGUGUUUCCGCAGGCGAGUCUGCAUAUGAUGCAGAAUAAUGACUGCGAACCCUCUCUCCUCCUCUCCUCGCUCAACACCGACGACAGCGGCACACUGAACAUCCUACCUAGCCUGUGGUCCGUCCCACAGGACAUCAUCAGCGCUGCUUUCGGCGAUGCGUCGCUCAACACGCAGGACGUCGGCAGUCAGAUCCCGUUUGUCGGCACCGGCGCUAUCAUCGGGAGUGCCGAGUGCAAGAAGAGGUGUGGUAUUCAGACAUGAUGGUCUUGAGGAUGGAGAUUGGAGAGUUGAUUGGGCAUGGCGGGGUGAAAGGGUUAAAAACAAAAAGAAUAAGAGAAAGAAGAAAAAAAGAGAGAAUCAUGUUGCAGCUGCUACGGAGCGUGGUCCGUAUGUGUGUGCGUUGGCGCGGCGACUUCUUUUUUUGGAUUACUUUUCUCCUUCUAGAAACAAAGUCAUUGUAUUAUUCCGCUGUUUGCUUUUGAAU